AUGGAAGAUUCUGAGUUGUCUAUUAAUAAUAUUAGGGAUUUUCUUACGGAGCUCCCUAAACUCGCGAAAUGCGAAUAUAGCGAAACUACUAGUUAUUUGUUAUGGAAAACUUUAAAUCUACGCCUUAAGAAUAACGAUAACAAUAUAGACUGGAACUCUCUCGUUUCUAUACUAAAUUCUGAAGCCUGGACAAGCGAAAAAUACAGAGACAUACUUGAUGGAAAAAAGUGGAGAACAUUGGAGUUUGAAAGUGACCAUCAUUUUGUGAAUAACAUACAUACCGGGACUGCGUGCACACGUUUAUGUUUUCCCUCAGAGACAAUUUACUACUGUUUCACAUGCUCUACGAAUCCAUUGUAUGAAAUCUGUGAGCUUUGUUUUGAUAAAGAAAAACACGUAAACCAUUCUUAUGUUGCCAAAGUGGUUAUGCGCCCAGAGGGCAGAAUAUGUCAUUGUGGUGACCCCUUUGCCUUUAAUCAGCCGAACUACGCAUUCAAAUGCAAGAAUGAGUUGAAUAAUAUUCCAAUUUCGGAUGAUGAUUAUAACACUAUCGAUGAAGAAGACGUGGUUUCCCUAUUGAAUUAUGUCCUGGAUUUCUUAAUUGAUGUGACAGUUUCCUAUAAGGAAGAGGCUGAAGCUCAUUCAGGAGAAACAAAAGCGACCGUUCGGAUGUAUUCUGAUCAAAACACCACUACUGAUGUUACAACAGAUAAACAAGAAUGCGAAUCAUUAGUUAAUGAUGAUAACUUUAUGUUUUUUGACAACAGUUGGUCUAGUACCAAGAAGGAAGCUCAUGAAGAGUGGGCUAUCCAAAUCGAAGAAGAAGAGUGUAAUGUACACUAUAUGGACCUAGCAUCUAUAAUAACCAAAACCCUAAAUACGCCGGUUGAAUAUGCAUUAUCUAUAACAAGAGCUUUAGAAGAUUCUCAUGAUGUAGUAACUGUGCUCCAAGGUAAUGACUUUUUCGAAAUGGACCGAAUAGCUAAAGAAUUCCAAAAGGAAAACAUAAGAGUUCAUGUAAGGAAAGUGAGCGAUAUAUUUAAAAGAAAGCUGACUGAUGAUUUAACAGAUUGGUUGUAUUCUUUGUGCUUCAAGUCGACUAAAUCUCUGCAAAAUAAGUACUCUCUUAGAUUUUCCAUGCUUGAUGUUUGGUAUUCGCAUUUUUCUAAAAUGAGAGUAUCUCCUUCCAAUACAAAUCCGGAUUUUUCCAAGAUUAACUUGUUAGGUGGAUUCUUAAUAUCCAACGAAAAUAGCGAUGAAUCGUGGUUCAAACCUUGGCCAUUAAAAAAUAUCAAGGAUGAAAGAAUCUUAAAAAUACUCACUAACUACAAUGAAAGAUUAACCAGGGCUCAUUCACCGAACACCGUGAGCCAUUUUUACAACUUUUAUGGAUCUAGAUUCCAGUAUAUAAUUAUCAACUCUAUUAACAUCCUGUCAAAAAAAUCCAAGUUUAAAAUGUUGAAGAUUUUAUCAUCAUUAUUUUCCCUUAGGGAUGAAAGCAGAAAGUUUCUUGCCGCGCAGUAUAUUGAUGUUUAUCUUUCUGUCCUUUAUGAUACUGUCGCAUCAGACGCUAAAGAAUGCCAGGUAACUCUUAUGAGUCUAUUAGGACAAUAUACUUUCCAGGACCCAAGCAUAGCAAAUAUGAUCAUAAGUUCAGGAUUCAUUGAAAGAACUAUUAGGUUUGCUUUUACUCUCAUGGCAUUUAAUCCAGAGGAUCUUAUGUCAUACUUACCCAUUUCUUUGUACAAUGGAUUCAAAUUGCCCACUGAAACUAUACGGAAUCGAAGAACAAUCAUUUGCUUUAAAGAUCUUUGUACGAUAAUGUCUGCAAAUACUGUUCCUGAGGAAUUGCUAUCCAAUGACGCGAUUUUCAACGCAAUUAUCGAGUCCUUCUCCGAAUUCAGUAACGUCUUACCUUUAAAAAGGGAGACUAAAGAACACGUAGAAGUUGAGAAUUUUGAUUUUUCUGCAUUCUACUUCUUUUUCUCGUCAAUAUUAAUUAUGACAGAUGGAUACACACGUAGUAUAUCAUUGGUCAAAGAUGCGGCUUUUCGUAAGCAAAUUGUUCUUAAACUACUAAAUGUCGCUCAAACAAAGGAAUUUGAGUCACUGGCUAAUUCUAGAAAGGCCAUAUCGUCUGAGAACGCAUCAACCAAUGAAAAUGAUACGAAUAAAGUAACGCUGUCUACAGUUAGAGAGACUAUAUGUAAUUAUGUCACAGAAACCAUUAAUUUUCAAGUGGGUGUAAAUACACAGUAUUUUUUUAAUCCAAUGUCGUAUUUGUUCAAAUUUGUUGUUCAAUGGAGUCAAUGUGGUAGAUAUGUGCCAAUUCCCACAUCUUUGACAAAUUACAUUAACCUUUUCGAGGUCUUUCAGGAUAAGCAGAAAGCUUUACACAUAUCAGAGUCGGCUUUGUCUACUCUGGUUUUAAUUGGACAAAUAAACGUCGGUUUUUGGGUAAGAAACGGCACUCCCAUUACCCAUCAGGCCCGGAUGUACACAAAAUACAGCAUGAGAGAGUUUACUUAUAUCAGUGACAUUUUUAAUGUCCAAUUUAGUAUGGCAAUGUGUAAUCCUAAUGAACUAAUGGUUACAUAUCUUUCAAGAUGGGGAUUGAAACAUUGGGCAAACGGUGUUCCGAUGUAUGAUUAUCCUGACGCCGAAACCACUAUAGCCGUUGUUAAUGAAUGCAUUUUGUUGUUGAUUCAAUUGCUUACAGAGGUGAGAUCUUUAGUAAUGAAAUCUUCAAAAGAAGGAUUUGAGAGAACGUUUAAGUCAGAGAUUAUCCAUGCGCUUUGUUUUGACACGUGUUCUUACGCACAAAUAGUUAACUGCAUUCCAGAGCAUAUUACUAAGCAUCCUUCAUUUGACAUAUAUCUCGAAAAAUAUGCUAACUACACUCCUCCAAUAAGUUUGACCGACAAUGGAAUUUUCGUAUUGAAAGAAGGGUAUAAAGAUGAGAUUGACCCUUAUUAUAUAGGGCUUUCAUCCAGUAGAAGAUACGACGUGGAAAAAAACAUAAGGCUAAAUAUGUCCAAUCUGAAGAAAAUGAAAUAUGAAGACACUUUUGUGCCAGCAAAAAAAGUUAAAGAUUUGUUAAAAAAUACACUAUUUUCUGGACUCUAUUCAAUAUCAUCAGUGAACACUUUUGGCUUGUUUUUGAAAAAUACCCUGGAUCAUAUUAUAAAGUAUGAUUAUGAUAAUUUACUACCAAGGGUUGUUCAUUUAAUUCACUUAUGUGUAGUUAAUAACUUGAACGAAUUUAUGGGGAUUUUGUGGCAUGAAUACGCAAUUGUUGACACGGAAUUCUGCCAUUAUCACAGCAUUGGUUCUAUUCUGUAUUAUUGUUUGUUGAAGGAUAAUUUUUCAGAAUCUCACGGUAAAAUUAGGGAGAUUUUUAGAUACCUAAUGGAAACAGCUCCUCAUGUAAAUGUAAACAGUUACCUGAAUGAGCAAGCCACGUCGUACACACCGGGAAUUCUAUGGCCAACAAAGAAAGAUAAGAGUCACAAGGAUAAAGAGUUUGAAAGAAAAAAACACCUUGCUCGAUUAAGAAAGAAAAAACUAAUGAAGAAGUUGGCACAGCAGCAAUUAAAAUUCAUGGAAAACAAUAGCGUAGACACUUCCGAGAUUAGCACGCCCAGAACUACAUCGCCUAGUUUAUCUCCUACCGGGACAGAUGCAGACAAUAGCAGCAAUACAAUUGGUAGUAACUACGAUGAUGACUGUGUAUUUUGUAAGAUGCCCAAGGAUGAUGAUAUAUUUGCUUAUUUCUCUUAUCAAGAACAGAACAUAUGUGAUCAUGGCAUCGAUUUUACAAAUCCAUCAGACGUCAAUAGGAUAAUUUCUCUAUUUAGUGGUAAGCAACCAAGAAAUAGUACAGUUCAAGAGAAAACGCAAGAUGAUGAUGGAACAAGAUUGAAAUUAACCAAAUGCGAACCAGUGCUACGAGCAUGUGGUCAUGGAUCUCAUAUUAAAUGUUUAAGUGGCCACAUGAAGUCUAUUCGGGGUAUACAAAAUCAAACUACGAAGAAUAUUCCAUUAUCAUAUGGUUCAGGGUUGAUAUACUGUCCCGUAUGCAAUUCUAUAAGCAAUUCAUUCCUACCGAGAGCAAAUAACAUAGAGAAAAGAGCAGCCAUUGAGUUCUUCAAGUGUAUUGAGAGUCAUAUCGAUAUGGAAGAUAAUUUUGAUUUAAUGAGCUCCACUUAUAUCAAGGCAGCGAUGAUUCUAGGCGAUCUCCAGGGUGAGAAAGUCAUAACUGUUAAGGAUGCAUAUAAAGUUGCUAACGGUGUUCUUGUUAGCACAAUUGCGAAUAUAGAGCUCAGAUUAAGAUCGUAUAAAGAGGAAGGGAAAAUAGUAAAUUUGAAAAGGAUAUCUAGUCAGUGCAUUUUGACCUUACAAUUGGUUUGUGAGCUAAAAUCACUCCUUUACAGGAGAUUCGUUGAGUCAAAAAGUUUUAGCAAUGAAAUCCCUAGUAAAAUAUGGAACUGGAAUAAUUUUUUAAUAGAGGGUAAUAAUACGGAUCUGCUCUUAUAUAUGAGCCAAGCUUUUGACAAUAUCGAUGAAGGAAAGAAUUUGCAACCACCUACUCUAUGUAUUUAUGAAAUGUUCAAAAGAAGGUUUCAUCAACUACUACUUUUACUUGCAAGAGAUAUGAUGAGAGUGAACUUUUACAAGGAUUGUCGAAGUAAGAUCAAAACAUUAUCAAACGAAUCAGAGGAAUCAUCUACAAAUUUUUACUAUUUAUUUGAAACUUUUAAAAAGUACGUUGACCUCUUUAAACCAGAUGAUAUCCAGUUUGAUGAUGCAAGUUUGGAAAAGAACAAAAGUUUAAUAUGCUCGUUAUUACUAGAGUCUUUGACCAUUUUUUGUCGAAGAACACUCUUGUUAUUCAAUAUUCAAUAUGCUGAUGAUAACAAUGACAGUAAUAUCAACAAUGAUUCCAAUAAUAAUGAUGACGCAACUAAAGCACAUGAAAUUGAGCUUAUUUUCCAGUAUUUCAAACUGCCUAGUUUUUCUCAUUUUUUGAAGGAUUUCUUUUACAACGAAUUAACUCAAAACAUCGAAAGGUAUAAUGAUGGUAAUGAUGAUUUAAGAAUCCAACAAGUGAUAUAUGACAUGGUCCAAAAUAUAAACACAAGAUCGUAUCCUUCACCAGAACAUAUCCAACUUAUCAAACUACCUUUAAACCUCUCCAAAUUUUCCCUCGACAAUGAUGAAAUAUCGAAUAAAUGCGAUAAAUACGAGAUCGGAGUAUGUUUGUUGUGUGGUCAAAAAUGCCAUAUUCAAAAGAGUAUUGCACUACAAGGUUACUUACAGGGCGAAUGCACUGACCAUGUGAGAAAUGGAUGCGAAAUUAUCUCCUCUUACGGAGUUUUCUUAAUGACCAGGACAAACGCAAUAUACCUGUCAUACGGAAAAAGAGGUACUUUUUAUGCUGCACCUUAUCUGAGUAAAUACGGAGAGACCAACGAAGACUACAAAUUCAGUACACCUGUCUAUUUGAACCAGGCAAGAUACGCGAAUCUAGCGAAUGAGAUUGUUUUCGGGAACAUGAUUCCGCACAUAGUCUUCCGAUUGACGGACGGCAAUGCAGAUCUUGGUGGAUGGGAGACUAUGUAG